AUGUGCGAUACAAAACCCCCAAUCUCACGCUACGCGAUCCUAAUCGGAAUCAAUGCCUACCAGGAAAGGCCCCUCGAAGGCAGUGUCCAGGAUGUGCAAAGAAUAGAAAGAUACCUUAAGGAAGCCUCGACUUCAGUUCAGAUUGAGAUGUUGACGGCGACCAGGAGCGACGACUAUGGAGGAGCUCGAAGUUUGCUGGAGCCGCAGCAUAUCUGGCCCACUCACCGAAAUGUGGUUUCUGCUCUAACACGGGUGCUUUCGUCGGCAAAGACUGGGGACCUGGUUUAUAUACAUUACUCUGGCCACGGGACCCGAAUAGGGUCACAAUAUUUACACUCCAACUGGUCCACAGGGGAUCUGGCUUUGGUCUUGCUUGAUGAGCGCAACGAGGGCCGUGAAAAAUAUCUGUAUGGCGCGGUGCUAGCCAGUCAUCUACGGAAAAUGGUUGAUAAUGGACUGGUACUUACUCUUGUGCUUGACUGUUGUUUCUCUGCCGCUGUUUAUCGUCACGAUGACUCCAUGGUUCGGUAUCUCCCUUACAACCCUGACCUCUCGAAGAAUUCCGCAGAGGAGACCAGCAGUUCAGGUUCCGGACAUCGAGAUGCCUGCAUGUUACCCAACUGGCUUAUCAAUCCGGAUGGGUACGCAAUCCUCGCGGCGUGUGGGCCCCAUGAAGUGGCAAAAGAAAUUGACCCAGGCAAUGGUCAAAUGCAUGGGGCCUUGUCGUACUUUCUUUUGUCCUUCAUCGAGAUCAAUGGCCUUGGGGUAAGACACGACGCCAUCCAUAAACAUUUGGGUAGCAAAUUCCAAGAGUCGAAUUUGCAUCAGCAAAACCCUGUCGUGUAUGGGAAUAGAAAACAACCAUUCUUUCAACAGUCCGACUUCGAGAAUCCCCGCGCGAUUACGUCGAUCAUCAUGAACCGGGAUGCAAGCUUGGUGUUAAGCGCUGGCAACGCCCAUGGGAUUCACAUAGGAGACUGCUUCGCUUUACAAGGCAUGAAUUCCGCAGGGGACUGCUCCCUGUCAAGCGGACACUCUUUAUCGGUUAGAGUUGUCCAGGUGGGACCCCUCACAUCAAAAGUAGACCUACUUGGAGGCCCGGCACCCUCACCCACCCCAACUAGAUGGUUUGCCACAGGGUAUCCUCGGAUAUACUUUCAGAAAUACCCGGUUCGACUAGCCGGUGACCUUCCACAUCUGCACAAACUCCUAAGAGCAUUGGAAGCGCAGUCGCUAAGCUACCAUAUGAAUGAAGAACAAGAGUACUCAUUCUAUAUUACUAUGAACAACAACAGCCAGUACGAAAUUCAGGACAGGUUUGGGAAAAUCAUUGAAAAUCUGCCAGAUAUGGCCCAGGACAAAACAGCCUUCGGCACCAUUUCAAACAUCGUUGAGCACCUGGUGAGAUACAAGUUCACCAGAGACCUCAGCAACAACAUAUUUGCAGAACAAUUUCAGCAGCUGUUUGAUGCGCAUAUCAUCAGUCCCUCUGGCGUGUGUUACGAACCCGGGCAUCUGAUAGAAACAGACGAGGGCGUAGUGCACCGUGUGGUAGUGAAAAACAAAGGGCAAACAGUGCUAUAUGUCUAUCUCUAUAGCCUGGGUCCUUGUUGGCAGAUUGAUAAUAUCUCAAGAGGCUGCGAAGUGAUUCCUCCAGCAAAUCCUGACCUCGGGUUAAGAGAAAUGAGAAGAAAAUUCUCAAUGAAAGUACCAGUUGAGCUGAUUGGGAAAGGUAGCAGGCAAUGUGAAGACAUCAUCAAAAUCAUUAUCACCUCCCAGCCGACAUCAUUUGACCUGAUUGAAUUGCCAGUGCUCAGCAAACUUGAAACCGGAAGAUUAAACAAGAAGGCUACCGUCCGAAGUAGCGAAUAUAGCCGCAGUGGCACUCCAGAGAAUUGGGCUGCAUUGAAUUUUCCUAUCCGAACCUUUGUGAGAUAG